AAUUAUUAUAAAUAAUGACUAAAAAGACCAAGAAGGUGGGAAUCACAGGAAAGUAUGGUACUAGGUAUGGUGCAUCAUUGAGAAAGAUCAUCAAGAAAUUUGAAAUCUCAUAACAUCAAAGAUAUUUCAACACCUUCACUGGAGCUCAUUCUUUAAAGAGACAGGCCAUUGGCAUAUGGAGAUGCACUCAAACUGGAUUAUAGAUUGCAGGAGGAGCUUGGGAAGUGAAUACUCCAGCUGGAUUAUCUGCUAAGCAAGGUAUGCUUAGAAUCAAGAAAUUGAAGGAAGAUGCAGAAGUUGAUAUUAAGGAAGAGAAGAAGGAUUAAAAGAAGUAGCAACCCAAGGAAUAAAAGGAAUAAGCAUAACCUUAAUAAAAAGGAAAACCAUAAUAGGGUGGAGAUAAAAAGAAGGCUCAAGGCAAAAAGCAAUAAUGAUAUCGUAUACAUAAAUUAUAUAGUACAUAAACACCCAAUAACAAA